ACAUUUUUAGACUCAUAUUUGACAAGAGUGUCACCAGAGCCAUUGGUUCUUGGACCCCAAUAAUCUGCUUGCGGCUAUAUUUCACUGUAUAUUUCAUUUUACUCAAGAAGAUAUAGGCCCGGAAUAUGUAAGUCAAUGGUGUUUGGGUUGAGCCACACAGCGCCGCCUGCAGGGAUGAACUAGCUUCGCAGCAUAAUACUGCAUUAGCUGCUGCACUCGUUUCAGUUCAGUUGGCCGUGAAAACGACAGGUGCAGGUGCUUCGUGCUGUGCUUCUAAAAUGCGCAAAACGGUGAUUCUUUUUAUCGUAAACUAAUACUUUGAAUCUCGAAUGUGAUGUGAGAAAAAAGAUUUCCACUGUUUCCAUCUUAGCAAAUGAGCGUUUACAGUAUCAUUAUGUCUCCUGCGGCGCAUCAUAUCCAGCGAGCGCUCAUCUGUUCUCUUCUUCUCUGUAUGACGACGACGGUCAUAACGCGCUCCUCUUCAACAUCCGAUCUCAAAUCCAAAAUAUCUGGCGUGGAAGAACUGCUGGAGGAGUUCCGUAAGCAGCUACAGCAGGAUGAGUCGGACUCGAGGGAGGAUGAGGAGGAUGGAGACCGCUGUAUCAGUGGCUUCAAGGCGGUGGAGGAGCGCAUCAUCCGCGCCAGCGCGUCCAUCGAGCAGGGCGCUGCGUUCUUGUCCGCUCCGCAGAGGGUGUUCAGCUGGAGGGACUGCGCGCACGCCUGCUGCUCUCACCCGCACUGCACAGCCGCCAUCAUCCAGGAGGACCUCAAGCAGCCCGAUGACAGUUUGCGCUGUUAUCUGUUCAACUGCACGUACAGGGGCAGGAACGUGUGCUCGUUUUCCUUUCAGCCUGGAUUCAGUACCUAUAGUCGGGGGGACAACAGCUCUAGACCCCAUGAGCCCAGCCUUGGUUCUGCUGCCACUGACAGCCCAAGCACUUCAGCCGGGAGACCUUCAUAUGGAAUCGAUGAGGGUUUGGAUGAGCCGCCUCGUAGUGAUGCAGGCCAGGACUUGGUGGUUCAGCUGCCAACAGACUGGGCAGUGCUAGACGGCAGGGACAGCACUGAUGAUCAUGACAUCAUACAUUAUGAAUGGGCUCUUGUGAAAGGAGAUCCCUCUGUUAAAAUGAAGGUGACUCACCCAGGCCUGCUGAAACUCAGUGGUCUUAGAGAAGGAAUUUAUACCUUUGAGCUGACCGUCACCGACACGGCGGGACAGAAGAGAUCUGACAAUGUGUCUGUCAGUGUGCUCGCCCCUGCACCAAACGCAGAAGUGUGUACAGGUCACUGUUCUCGGUAUCAGUUCAUGUGUGAUGAUGGCUGCUGUAUAGACAUUGGUUAUGCCUGCGAUGGAAAGCAACACUGCCCUGACCGAUCAGAUGAAGAUUUCUGCCAAAAUUUUGAUAGUGGUCAUAAGUCCAACCCCCCCUCUAAACAUGGACCAGAUAUACAAACUGAAGCAGAAGCCCAGACGCCCACAGAAAUACACCUCAAUGACAGCCCUAAACCUGAACAACAUCAACAUUAUGACUUCAGUUCGCAAGAUCCCUGUGCAGCGCCCCCAGUGGUCGGUCCAUGUAAAGGCAUUUUCCCACGCUGGUAUUACGAUUCUAAUACAGGAGACUGCCAACACUUCCAGUAUGGUGGCUGCAAAGGAAACCACAACAACUUCCUCCAGAAGUCUGAUUGCGUAAAUGAGUGCAUUCAGAAACCAUCAGUAACAAAACAUCAGGGCACUGCAACUCCAUUACCCAGUGUGAAAACAUACACACCUCCCAUUGCUUCUGUCCAUAAGGAAAAACUACAAAACACUCUCACAGAGUCUCGGAAUUCACUGCCGUCGUCUAAAACACAUCGUGUACUGGAAGGACACCCACCCCCUGAAUCAGGUGCGAUCUUACCCCUGGCUUUGGGUCUGAUCAUCAGCAUUCUGCUCUUACUGAUGGUGGGCUGCAGGCUCUGGCUUGUACGUCGCAGACUGAAGAAAGCUUUGCCUCUCACCACAGAAGAGUCUGAUUACCUCAUCAAUGGCAUGUAUCUGUAGCAGAACAGCCACCUGCCAAUCAACCCUCCAAUCUGCUGCACCAUUCGUGUGACUGUGUGUGUAGAGGACACAUAAGUUGGUAAAAGAAUCUAAUGCACAGCUAGUCAACCCUGCUCCUGGGGCCAGGUGCACCAGCUAUAUGUAAGUUACAGCAUAGUUGUGAAAUAAAGGAGCACUAAAUUGCACCAUUAAAAUUGACUUUACAGAUAAAAUAAAUAUUUUCUCUAAAAAAAGAAUAAUGUAUUGAAUAAAACGGCUGAUUGAUUUAAUUGUAUCAGUAAGCUAAUGUUUUACCCAGCAGACUUCAAUGCUUAAUACAUAUAAUGCAUUUAGAAAGAGAGAACAUUAUGUGCAUAAAUGAGUUUGAAGCUCUUCAACAUGAACCCAGAUCUAAACAGCGCACAUCUCAGUGUGCAUCCCAGUGUGAAUCAAAUGGAAUCAAUCAUAAUAAAUACUUUUUUUUUUUUUGUAAUAGUAUUUAUUUAUUGCUUCAUUUCAAAUACAGCUUAUGAAUGUUAUUUACAUAUGAAAACACCUGUUAUGUUUAUUUUCUGUCUCAUAUUUCAGUGUCCUUUUUAACAUUAGUUACGUGAAGUAAAAGAAGUUAGAAUCAAGCCAAUUCACAGCAUUCCAACACAAUUCUGUUCACAAAUUUGAAGGCUACUAUUGGAUUGAUGGUAAACAUCAAGCGACUACACGUUACUUUACAGAGAGCUUACAACCUACUAGCUACAUUCUGCCUUAAAAACAAUUGGUGCAACCAGAUUAAGUACAAAGUUACAAACUAGUUAGUAAUUAAUAAGACCCAAGUGUGGACUUUAUGUUCCACUUUAUGUAAGAACUUACAAAUGGCUGGUACAACCCUAUAGAGCUACCAUCCUCCAAUGCUAAUCAAACAUACCUGGACCACCUAACCAGGGUGCUCAGAAUUACUUAAAAAUUACAGACGGGGUGCAGGGUUGGAACUUAACUCUGCAGGAAGGUAUUGUAGUUCUCCAAAAGCAGGGUUGACUAUUACUGAUCUAUUGAUUGAUGGUAAGUGUUCAUGCCAUUAAUAUCCUCUCUAGUGCAAAAUGACACAACUAUCUCUCCUAUAUAGUAUGCCAAAUUAAGUGAAUAUCAAAUCAUGCUAUCCGGAAAAUAACAUUUCAAACAUGUGAAUGGACACUAUUUUUGAGAAAAUUGCAUCUGUGAGUCAUUUUGGUAGCAAUUAUGCUGAUGUGUGUGACUGCAACAAAGGUUCCUGUGGUAUAAAGAUGCAGUUGUAUGAUUUGAUAAUAUGUCUAAAUAUUGGCAUACUGGCUUAAUGCAUACUUAAGAGUAUAUACUUGUUUUUUGAAGUGAUUGAAUUUGGAUUCAGCUUUAUUUUUUUAAUGAAACGUGAAAUACCACAAGCUUGCCUGAUAUUUUUUGACCUGGGAAUUUGACCCUUUAAUGAGAGUAUUUUUCUGUUUAUUUUAGGAGAAUUUCUGAAAAAAUGUGCUUAGCCUUAAUAGGAUAAACAUUUAAACCAUUUUGUUUCUGUAUCCUUAAAUGAUUAUAUGCUUGACAGUACAACUGAGUUCAUUGUGUUCAUUAAUAAUCUCAAUCCAGGGAAAACAGCUUUAGUUAAUGUAAUUAUUGGUGCCAUCUUAAAAGUUCUAGAUUACAACUUUAGAAUUAUAUAUAUAUAUAUAUAUAUAUAUAUAUAUAUAUAUAUAUAUAUUGGCCCUGACAAAAUUUCUUGAUUUAAAAAAAAUAAUAAUUAUACAUAUAUAUAUAUAUAUUGCCUUAUUUCCUAGAAUAUCUGGUUAGGGAAAUGUUUUCAAUGUGGUUUAAUGGCUUACUGUUAUAUUAAAUACUAGUCUGUAUAAUCAGUGUAAUUGUGCAAAAAUGUUUUGAAACCUUAUAAUAUAUAUGAUUGUAAAAUAUCAAAUUUAAUAAUCUUGGAGAAAUACAUUUAAAAAACCCAUUAAAUGUGGACCAGCUAUAUGAGUAUCCAGAGUGUUUUAUGAAUGUCACAUGCAUACUUAAUUGUGCACUCACAAAUGUGUAUGAAAAGCCAAAAUUCUUUAAAAAGUUUUAUGGUGUAACAAAAAUCAGCUUAUCAUGGUAUGAAACAACAAACAGCGUGGCGAUGGCAAACACUCUGUCUACUCAGGUCACACCCUAGAUGAGAAAGCGGUCAGAGCACAGCACAGCCACUUCUGCUCAGACCAAUUCUUAUCCCCAGGCCCUAAAUAAGGCUGCAUACUGUCUCUAGCCUUUUUCAUAUUUCUGGAUCACUAGGUGGCGCCAUGCUAAAUCUGUCCAGGUAUCCUCAGAGUGUGAUGGUUCUGACAAGCUUUCUUUCAAUUGGUCAGAAAGAUAAAGCCUCGUGUCCACUUGUCUACUUUGGUGUGCCUGUCAUUAGAUAAUAAAUUAGAUAAAAUUACAUGGGAACGAUUUGGUCUUUGAACAACUUUUGGCCAGCAUGAUCUAGUAAUAAGGUAGCUAAAUUCUGUGAAGAUCCAAUGAAUCAUCUAGCACAAAUUUUAAAAGUAGAUUUUCAAAAUUGAAUCCAUUUUGUGCAUUUCAAUAUUGUUUCUAGGUCUUACAGUACAGUAGUUAUUAGCAUAAACAUAAGUGAAAGUUUGAGCUAUUGCUGUUUGAGAGACAGACUUCACAUUUGUAAUGGUAAAUGUUCAAACUGUCUUCUGUGUGCCAAAUUUCAUAACUAUUCUGUGUACAGUUCUAUGCCAUAAACAUAACAAAAUGUUCAUUUGCGUUAAAUUUUUUAAAAAGUUAUAGAUUUUAGGGUUCUUGGAUUACAAAUAAAGACACCAAUAAAUGGGACUAGAUUUUCAAGCUGCUGCAUGUUCAACAAAUGCGGCUUAUUUUUAAAACACAUCAAAGCAACAAAAUAGUGCAUUACAAUAAUUAAGUUUUAGUGAAAGCUAGGAUUUCCCCGAGAUUUUACUGAAACAUAUUUAGAAAUGAAAGCGCAACCUAGCACAUCACCAGAAUUACUAAGAAAUUAGUAAUAUUUCUCUUUUAUUGUUCAUGGUUUUUGAAGAUGAACAUUUAUUGGCAUGUGAUCCGACUAGCUUCUACCUAGAGAUUUCACACCACAAUAUAAUCUGAUUGUGCACAACCUUUUGAAGCCAACAAAAAAAUACAAAGGAAUUGUUUUCUCCUCUUUAUAAUGGAUGAUAAACUUAUGUAAUUUGUUAUUCUAUGUCCAAUUAAAUGUUCAGUUGCUUUUCAUUUGCACUGAACAAUUUGUUUCUGACUCAGUGUGAACAGUUGAGAACCACCGAAAAGAAGCAUGUACAAGGUGAAUAAAGGACCAGUUUUGUGGCACUCUAGCAUUUAUCUGUGUUUGAUCUGACAGAU